UUAGUUGCGGAUUUUUGCGACCUUCACCUUACUUGAGACCGAACGUCCGUCAGAAUGAAAUGCACGAUAAAUCUGUUGUCCUCGUGCAAUGGACGGAAUUUUAUACUCAGCUCUGUGACACAUCAAACAAGCGCACGUAUAAAAUGUAACGGAAUAAGACGAUUUGCUUCAAAAGAUGCUGAAGAUAUACUCACCCGUACAGAUCGCCUUCAUCACCAUGAUGAUGACUGUAACACCAGAAAAACAUACAAAUCUAUCAUGCAAAUGGUGCCUCAACCAGUUGUUGUGGUAACAUCCGGAUACCGAGAAGGGGGCACAUGGCACAAGAAAGGCAUGACCUGUACCUCAUUUACUAGUGUCUCCUUCUCCCCACCUAUCAUAUCCAUCUGCCUGAAAAUACCAAGCAAGUUUCAGACUUUACUGGAAAGGACGAGGCAUUUUGCUGUACACACAUUAGCUAGACAUCAGGUCAGCUAUGGGAUGACAUUUGCCCAGUCUAUCCCAAAAGUUUGCCAGUUCAACAAAAUACCACAUUAUGAAGACAAAGAGGGCUUACCUGUGAUUCUGGGGUGCUCUGGUGUGAUGCAAUGCGAGGCAGAGUCGUUCCAUCAGGUGGGGGACCACAACGUCUGGUACGGGAAAGUGUAUGAGGCCCACAUCGAUGAUAACGUCUCCCUGCCCAUGCUCUACCAGUCCAGAACAUUUCGUUCUGUUGGAGAUGAGAUCUUUAUCCAGUCCUUUGAAGAUGCCACAUUGCCGUUUGAGAACUGGACCCAUGAGGCCCAUCUGAGAAUGGCGUGGAACUACAUACGGGACUACGGGCGGGACAAGGCCAUCCCCAUGAUACGGGAUGGUAUCCAACAUUACAACCAAGUGCACAAGGAUAAAAUUAAAACCGGCUACCAUGAGACCAUCACCAUGUUCUACUGCUUUGUCAUUGAUGAUGCCAUCACGAACGCAAGCAAACCAGGUGACACUUUUGAACGGUUCCUCAAACGUAACGGUCACCUGCUUGACCGCAGCCUCAUGUACAAGUACUACAGUCGGGAACGUUUCUCUGACCCUCAUGCAAAAGAGAAGUUUAUUCUGCCAGACCUGCAGGUGUUACCAGGGAUGUGAGAGAAACAGAGGCCAUAACUUUAGAUCUACCAUAAUGACUAGUUUCUAAAUAUCUAAGUAUUCAGACACUCUAAAUUGUUCGGACAUAAUCUUUUUUUGGCAAAAGUAAUUAUGUUUGGUUACUUAUGUUUGCUGCUUUUUCACCUGAAAUUAAUGACUCAUAGUUUUCUGACACUAUGUGACAAUCGAAGCAAUGUAAUCAGAAUGUGUUUUUAUAACCGAACUGUGAUUGGUUUAAUCACAGACAAAUGAGAGGAGUAAGAGAAACGAAUCAUAGGAUUGUGAGAAUGGUGAAUAACCAAGCAUUAUAAUUUAUAAACCGUCGCUCAAAACGAAUGUUAACACACAGGCUCCAAUUCUAUUGGCUCAAACAGUCAAGUGUAACAUACAAAAGGAUAAAUAUGAUUAUAGUCCAGGGUGCUGAAAAAUUGGAAAUGGUCAUGUUAAUCGGUUUUUCAUCAAGCAUUGCAAAGGGCCACUGCAGAUAGCAAUGUAAAAUGCAAGAGGCAGAGUCCAUGUAUGAGAGGAACAGAAUGCUGUAUAAGGUAUUUUUAUCGCUUUUGUCAAUAUAAUGAAGACAAAAUCAAGUCUUUCUAAACAAAUCUUACCAAGGCGUUAAUAGUCUCAUGGUGGUAUGUGUUAUUGUUGUGUGUUUACAUGUACAUGCAAACUUACAUUUUGAAAGAAGACAAAUGACAGACUCAGCAAUAUAAGACUGUUUUUCUGCGAUUUUUGUGUUCAAGCCGAGCUUGGUAAUACAUCUUGUGGGGUUUGUCAAGUAGUUUUAUCUACCCAGGGAUAUAAACUAACAAUUUAAAAACCUAAUAAGCUCAGACUUGUUCGUUUAGAAGUUUUUGUAUAGAAGACUUUGGACUUUUCUCUGAAAAUCUACAAGCUCUGAUCAAAUUGUUGGGGCAAAGGUCAAUUGUUACUUUAUAUCCCUGCAACCCCUACCUCUGAUUGAAGAAGGGCAGGUGUCUAUUGAUAUUACUUUUAAUAUGAUCCAAGUGUAUUACAGUAUAAACUCAUUUAUGGUUUUGUAUAAAUGUGAGAUGUCA